CCUGGCCUGAGAACAGGAGCGAAUACACGACUUUAGCCAAUGCUUCAGGUGUGCCUGCGGGCCUGGCCGUCGCGGCUCGAGGUGUGGAAGGAAGGGCUUCGACCAUGCGCGUCGCCACGACAGAGCUCCUCCUCUAUUUGCUGGACCUCCCCUACAGACACCAUACGCGUGUAACUUGCUGGGGCGCCGAGAAGCAAGCGUAAGCCCUCGCGUCAGUCGGGGAAGGAGCACAAGGUGUGGCACAUGGAUAGCGUGUCGACCUCGGCUGGGUGCGUCGAAAUCGUCAUGAGUGGUAUCUGCUUAAAUGCCUCGACUACCGCUUUCCACAGACUCAAGCGCUGUCGUUUUCUCUGAAGUUCUCCCACUGACGGUCUCGUUAGCGUAACUCCCCUCGGCGUUGCCGAAAUGCCCUCAUGCUUUGCAUGGUUCAAUACUAUGUUUAUUUACAUGACUACUGGCAUCGGAACAACUUUGGAAGGAGGCCCCAGGGCAAAUCGAGAAGUUUGGUUACGCAGAAGCUCGCUAGCAAGUCCCGCCUCUGCGGGCGCCAUUCACACAACUUACUAUGAACGCCUCUGCUCUCCAUAAUGCGUUUGAGAACCUCUCGACACGGGGGCCUCCCCCCACACCCCUGUCACACCAGCCCCACACCGGGCGCCGUACUAACGCACAUGACGGAAUGGGCCUCCUCCUUUUCCUCGUGGGCUUAAAUUCAGUCGGGCGAGAGAUUUGGUAACCUUGAUUUCGCGGAACUCAGGCCGGCAACCAUGCAGGCACUUCCUCCCAAGAUUCCCGCUUCCGUAUCGGGCCACGGAACCCAGUCCCGGCGUCACAGCCUGGACUGGUCGCAUAUUGGCCUUCCCUCUCGCGAGACGCAGCUGCGGGCUGGCUUUGUGCCCUCGGCUGCUGUGGUGAUUGUGAUUUUCGUCGGCCUGUUUUUCGGCUUGACCCAGUACACCGAGUUGGGCACAAAUGCGCAGGAGGAGGUCGAUCGCUUUUACAAAUACCUGGUCGAUGUCAACAUCAUGGUGUGGAUCGGUUUCGGCUUCCUGAUGACCUUCAUGCGCCGCUACGGCUACGGCGCUGUGGCCCUGAACUACUUUGCCUCGGCGCUCAUGUUCCUGGAGGCCAUCCUCAUGAUCGGCGCCACGCAGCAAGUGUUCUGGAACUACCAUCGCACCAAGAUCCAGAUCGACAUCGCCUUGCUGAUCGACUGCGCCUUCUGCGCCGCCUCUGGUAUGAUUGCCUUCGGCGCCAUCAUCGGCAAGGCCACGCCCACGCAGUUGCUGUGGCUGCUCUUUUGGCAGGUUCCGCUGUACGCUCUCAACCAGCAGCUGGUGAUCCACACAUUCAAGGCGCUGGACAUGGGCGGCACCAUCGUCAUCCACCUGUUCGGAGCCUACUACGGAUUGGCAGCCUCGCUCAUGAUCAGCCGCAAGCAGCCGCUGCACGGCCUGGACAACCCCAAGAACUCGGGCGCCUACCUGAACGACAUCUUCUCCAUGAUCGGAACCAUCUUCCUCUUCAUCUACUGGCCCAGCUUCAACGGCGCCCUGGCGUCCGUGUCGGCUGGCCACAUGGAGGAGGCGACCGAUGCCAAGAAGGCCGCCCAAUUCCUGUCCAUCGUCAACACGCUGCUGUCGCUGCUGGGCGCCGGGCUAUCGGUGUUCGCCACCUCGGCCCUGGUGGGCGGCCGCUUCAACAUGGUGCACAUCCAGAACAGCACCCUGGCCGGUGGCGUGGCGAUGGGCGCCGCCUGCACGCUGCGCCUGACGCCCGGUGGCGCGCUGGCUGUGGGCCUGGGCGCGGGAGCCAUCAGCACCCUGGGCUUCCAGUACCUCAUGCCCUUCCUGGACCGCACCAUCGGACUGGGCGACACCUGCGGUGUGCACAACCUGCACGGCAUCCCCGCCAUCGUCGGCACGCUGGUGGCUGGCCUGGCGGCUCUGGGCCAGCACCCCGACUACCUGGAGCACGACACCGGCCGCCAGCAGCUGGGCUACCAGGUGCUUGCGGGCGUGGUGACCAUGGGCAUCGCAAUCGCCGGCGGCCUGCUAGGCGGCUUCGUGGUGUCGUGGUUCAACCCCCGUGGCGACGACCCGCUGACCGUGCCCGAGCUGUUCGACGAUGGGCCCUGGUGGGAGCACCAGCGCGUGGAGCCCAUGCCCAUCUCCACCUCCAUCCACCUCAGCAACAUGAGCGCACACGGCAAGAGCCACCACAACCAGUCCGUCAGCGUGGGCCAGCUCAACCCCAUUCGCGAGGGCCGCGAGAUCGCUGUGUCAGGCGUGCCUGCCACCGGCCAGCGCUCCGUGGGCGAGAUCGCCGUGACCAUGCAGGCCGCGCCCGUGAUGGCCUCCUCAGCGCCCGUGAUGGGCAUGCACGCCGCCGCCGCCACCCCCAUCGAUACGCCGCUGUUCGCGGACGGUCACGCCAUGGAGAACGCCGCGCGCCCGGUGCAGCCCAUGGUGGCCGGCGCCGGCAACGUGUAGAGCGGCAGACUCGUUCGGUGCUCGGCGGACAAGACACGUUAGUAAAAGAGAU